AUGGAGUCCAACACCGAUACCAUCACCCUCACAGCCCAAUGCCACUGCCGCGCCCUGACCUUCACCUCCAAACCCGUCCCCACCACCUCCCUCCCUCUCAAAGCAACAAACUGCCACUGCAACUCCUGCCGGCACCUCACCGGCUCCCUGCGCGGCUCCACCGACAUCCUCUGGCCCGGGCCCCCUCCCCAACCCUCUGACGACCUCAAACAAUAUGCCUUCUCCCCCCGCUUAAACAUCUACUUUUGCAGUCACUGCUCCACCACCCUCUUCUGGGAAGACAACUCCACCCCCGGCGUCACCAACUACCUCGCCUUCACCGGCGUCCUCACCCCUUCCUCCCCACUGCCACUAGGCCAAAACCUCAUAGAAUGGGACGCUCACAUGUUCCUAGCCGACACCAUCGACGGCGGGGCAGUCCCCUGGCUCAACGGUCUCAACCCUCCCUCCGCCGCCAAACCCCGACGCUGGCUAGGCUGGAGAGAAAAGUCGAAAGAAAUCACCUCGGAGGGAUACUGGCCCGAGGAUAAAAACAUAUUCCUUUCCCAUGCUGACAACCUCCUCCACCUUCCCGAAAAAGAGGGCAACAUCCCCCUCAAAUGCCACUGCGGCGGCGUCGACUUCGUCCUCAAAGCCGGCGAUGCCCAAAGGGACUUUAAGGAACGCCAAUCAAAGGGGGGGCAACUGCCUUGGUUCGUCGAUCCAGAGAGUUACAAACUCCUCGGCUCACUCGACGGCUGCUCCGACUGCCGCCUCGUCUCCGGAACCGAGAUCUUUGCCUGGACCUUUGCAGAGCUAAAACACAUCACCUUUGCCUCUGAUCCCACCUCCCCCCUUCCCCUCGACACCACCGCCCUCCAAUCCGCCAUUGGAACCGACCCCAGACUCGGCACAUUAUCCCUCUACCCCAGCUCCCAAGGCGUCCAGCGCUACCACUGCAGCACUUGCUCAGCCGUGGUCUUUUACGCCUGCGACUCCCGCCCAGACAUGGUCGACAUCGCCCCCGGCCUCCUCCACGCCCCUGAAGGCGCGAGAGCAGAGCGCGUCAUCUCUUGGUCGUGGGGUGGAAAACUCGGAUUCGGAUCAGACAUGGCUGGCACCUGGAGGGAGCACCUUCCUGCCGCGGUGGAAGAAGAAACGGAGCAGUUCAGGUUGGCGAGGAGAUUCCCAAAGAACUUUAGGCGGGUUGUCAAGGAGCAAGGAGCUGCUCAAGCUGUGCCAGGGGGUUCUGGGCAGGUGUAG